AUGCAGAGAUCAUCUUUACGGUUUCUAAUUGGGCAGAGCCGACGAGGGUUUUGCACGAGCUCCGACAAGAUCGUAGCUUCGGUGCUUUUUGAGAGAUUACGCGUCGUGAUACCCAAACCAGAUCCUGCUGUUUACACAUUCCAGGAGUUCAAAUUCAAUUGGCAACAGCAGUUUCGUCGUAGAUACCCUGAUGAGUUCCUGGACAUAGCUAAGAACAGAGCCAAGGGUGAAUACCAAAUGGACUAUGUACCUGCUCCAAGAAUUACAGAGGCUGACAAGAAGAACGAUAGAAAGUCGUUAUACAGAGCUCUUGACAAAAAGUUGUAUCUUCUCAUCUUCGGUAAGCCAUUCGGAACUACUAGUGACAAACCCGUAUGGCAUUUCCCUGAAAAAGUCUAUGAUUCUGAGCCGACGCUUCGCAAGUGCGCGGAAUCUGCUUUGAAGUCAGUCUUAGGAGACCUCACUCACACAUACUUUGUUGGAAAUGCUCCAAUGGCUCACAUGGCAACACAACCUACAGAAGAAACGCCUGAUUUGCCAUCUUACAAGAGGUUCUUCUUCAAAUGCAGUGUAGUAGCAGCUUCUAAAUACAACAUAAGCAACUGCGAGGAUUUCGUGUGGGUAACAAAAGACGAGCUUUUGGAAAUCUUCCCUGAGCAAGCUGAAUUCUUCAACAAGAUGAUCAUUAGCUGA